AUGCUCGAUGAUCAAGGAGAGGAUGCGGUCAAGGCGGCGCUGGUCGACUGUUCUACUACUGGAAAAAAGUGGACCAUUUCAGAGCAACUCGAGCGAUGCGAAGGUGCUUUGGACACAAUCAACACGGAUAUGAAGGAAGCCGAAGAACAUCUCAAAGGAAUGGAGAAAUGUUGCGGAUUGUGCGUGCUGCCGUGGAACAAGGCAGACGAUUUCGAAAAGAACUCAGAAUAUGCAAAAGCGUGGAAGAAAGACGAUGAUGGUGGAGUGAUCUCAGAUCAGCCUAGGAUCACUGUCGGCGAUUCCUCAAUGGGACCACAAGGAGGAUAUGUGACCAGGAUCACCAAUGACGCACGCGAAGAUGAGAUGGACGAAAACAUCCAACAAGUAGGUUGA